UUCGUUCUUCACUAUUUGCUUUGCCCUUUUCCAUGUUGCUUUUUUUUUAACAUCAAUGAAAUAUUACUAGCUUACGUGAUUUGUUUGACUUGUAAAUAAAACGAAUGCAAACAAUGAUGCAAAGCUGCACGAAGUUCUUUUUUUUUUUCUUUUUCUAUUUUGUCCUUUUUGUCAAUUCACUCAGAAACAAGCCAACUUGCAGCAAAAAAUGGAGCUCAUUGAAUUGGAACAUGACGAUGUUGAGAAGAAGCCAUCUCUAUCCAUAAAGUUUCAGAAGAAUAUACCCAGAAAAAUCAUCUUCUGUAUAGAUGUGUCAAAUGAGAUGAGUCGUGCUUUAAAACCGUCAGCUAACGGUGGUGUUGGCAAUAGCAACUUAUACUUUAAUACAGUGAUCGAAACAGUCCAGAGGUUUUUAAAACGAUAUGUAAACAUCAAUACCAUGCUUGGAAGUAAUGAUGAAUAUGGCAUCAUUUUGUUGGAAGACGAAGCCCAAUGGUGGUGUGAUUUAACAUCUGAUACGGAUGCCAUAUUGAAGCAGUUGGAUAGAUUACACGAGAAAGUGAUUGAUAAUAUUCAAUAUGGCACAUUUGACUUGCAAAGUCUAUACUCGGUGAUUGACCAAAACGUCAACAUUCGGGAAACCAAAGACUUUUUUUACCAAUGUAUUCUUGUAUAUGCAAGAACAGCGAAACCGACGCCUUUGACGAAUCAGUUUUAUCGAGCACAAUUACGUAACUCUCCAAUGUUCACUAUGGACGUCAUUUAUCUGCACGAAAAAUCCAACGUGUGGAGAAACGAUAUCUAUGAGAUAUUGAAUAGCAUGGAUUCAGAUGUAAAUCCAGGCUGGUAUUUUGAAACUAGCCUGGUGACUGCUAUGGAUAAUUUGGCAGUGGCGACAACACAGCUAAUAGGACAUCCUCUACAGAGGAAAAAGACACAACAUGAAUGAUACAUUUGCCAUGUGGAAGCAUUAGAUGGUACCAAUGGAUAUUGCUUCAAUAGUCUGCUAUUCAUUUUUACGAAAAUAGAUAGCGAUAAAUCCGUCUUUACGACAACACACAAGAAAUGACCAGUCGCCAUGAUCUUUUUUUUUUUUUUACGAUACUUCUAAUAUGAUGCAGCUAAACCAUCUCCUUGAUUGUCUUUUUUUAUGCACAAAUCAAAUCAAUCAAUAAACGUACGGUACAAUCUCGCCGAGGAGUCUGUUUUGAUAAAAGCUGCUAGAUUUGAAGUGAGUCUCUCAUAUUUUGAGCCACAUUUAUUCAUGCUGUAUAUCAAAGUCGUGGCAUAGGAUUGCCGUAGCUGCUUGCGACUUUGCUGGGCACCACACUUGGUUG